AUGGAACUGCUGCCUCUGAAGGAAACCUGUGGUAAAACUACAAAAUUGUGGAACGAGGGCGAGCCCAACAAUGUAAAGAGUCACGAGGACUGUGUGGAGAUGUACCCUUCGGGCAAACUGAAUGAUGCUCCCUGCGAAGGGCAACAAUUCUACAUUUGUAAGAAAUAUUUAAAGCUCGAUAUCGACUCUAGGAACAGUUGUGAUACGAACUGGAUCAUGAUCUUGGAUUCCUGCUACAAGAUUUAUAAUGAGGCGAAGCCUUGGAUAGCUGCACAGAGAAGCUGUAAUGAGGACGGCGCCAAUUUGCUGACGUUGGAGUCUUUAGACGAACUGUUGCAGGUCAGGAACGAGAUGCGUCGCAUCAACAGUCAAACCCAUUGGUGGGUGGGGCUUCAGAAGAUAUCUGAUGGCAAGUGGCAGUGGUUUGGAAAGCCUCCGAUGUUAUCCCCUGCAGUAACACAGUGGAAGAAGGACGUGCUCAUCACAGAGGACUGUCUGGUGAUGGACUCUGAUGGUUUUCUGAGUGGCAUGCCAUGUGAUUCCUCUCUGUUCUUCAUAUGUGUGAAAUCAAACAACUGUGAAUCUGAAUGGAUCAACAGAUUCCCUUCCUGUUACAAGUUGUCUAGUAAGACCAUGUCGUGGUCUGGUGCCCAAGACAGUUGCAAAGCCGAGGGAACAAAUCUGCUGAUCGUCAGAACUUUAAGCCAACUGAUAAAGAUACAGAAUGAUAUUGAUAUGAAGACUUCGCCAUGUUGGGUAGGAGUGCGAAGGACAUCUCCAAGUAACGAGGAACUGAAGCAGGACAAGGUUUCUCAAAAGUGUGGAAUGAUCACCUCGAAUAAUUCACUGGUCUUCACGGACUGCACAGCAUUUCACUCCUACAUCUGCCAAAAAACUCGUACGAUCCGAAAUUUAAGUGUUCUCCAGGAUAAAAUUGCAAGCAGCAUUCGACUGUUCAACAAUACAGUACGUUUAUCUUAA